AUGGGUAAUGAUGACGCAGAUAACUUGGGUGGUGCAUUUAGACAAGGUUUUUUGUGCCCAUUUUGUAUGCAAGAUUUGGGUGACUUAGUCACUUUACAUGUUCAUGUUGAAAAACACCACCCAAAAUCAACACCCGCUGAUUACUCCCUUGAUCAUUUUAAAGGUAUCUUCGAUAAAGCUAAGCAAAAGAUUUCACAUAUAGAUGCAUUCUUUUUAAUUGGUGAUGCAAACUCGAAUAAUGGAGGAGCAGCUGCAGUUUCAAGAAGUUUUCCUAGUAUGGCAGAUGGUCGUGUCGAAAAAUUUUCUCAUGCAAUGCACGCAUUUACUUUUUUGCAGGAUCUUGGAAUCACAAGGAGUCAUACAGAUUUUUACUUGAAAUGUCGAUCUCCCUGUAUAAACGACGCUGCUGUAAAAACAAAUAGUUUGAUUAUUAGGCUUGAUAAGUUAAUUAAUCAAUGUCCUUCAGAUUCAAAUAAGCGUAAAGCUUUUGAACGUGAAACAGUACCUUGGGUGACUGAUCGUGAUGUGCUGAGAUGUCGAACAUGUUCCAUGAAAUUUUCAUUGACUAAGCGGCGGCAUCACUGCCGGCUAUGUGGCGAAAUUAUAUGUCACGCAUGCUCAAAGUUUCUUGCUUUCGUCGAUGCUCGCAAAUUGACAAAUCCAGCAUUUGCGGCACAGCUGUUGGAAGAAAUUAACAGCUCAGAGACGAAUAUUUCAGAAGAGCCAUUAAGUCGUUUGUCACGUUCGGCGUCUGUUACUGAAGCUAUUAAGCAAGUUAUAUCUAGUGAAUCGUUGCAGUCAGUGCGAUUAAAAGGCGAAAAAUUAUUUUCCUCAACGUUGUCAUUGGUGAAACGGGAUGGCACUGAAAUCAGCUUAGCGUCGUUGCUUCAGCAGGAUGAAAAUGAGCACCUGCGAAUUUGUGCGGAAUGUAAGAUCUUGUUAGAUGUUCGUAGCGAAAAAAUGGAGAUGCUUACCUCGCCACCGAUGCUUGUAAUAUUGUAUGAACGACUUUGUUCUCUUUUUCGUGACGCUGAAAAGCUAGCUUCCUCCUAUGCACGUAUUUCAGAAUCGCUGAGUCGAGGAGAGACCAUGUAUACAUUAGAAUCUGCUAUUCAACUAAGAAAUCGAUUAAUAAAGUUGCAAAGAGAAAUUGAUUCUGUAAGUUUUCGUGUUGAGAAGCAUUACAUUACUGAAGAAAAUACCUCUGGACUUUGUGCAUCACGGGAGAAAGUCAUUCGAAAGAAUAUUCGUGAUUUUGCUCUGCAAAUAUUACAGCAACUAGUGACGCAAAUGAAUCUUCAUCCAACUGAAGAUCGCUAUAAUGAAUUGCUAGAAAAAAGACGCGCUGAUAUCAGACAUCGAAUAGAUAUGGAAAGAAAGAGAAAUACAAUCAUUUUGAAGCCGUCAACUUCAAAUCCUGGAUUUGGCUCACAUUUAAGCGAAACAAAAGAAAUGGUUCGACAAAAUGUUAAGAGUUAUUUGAAAGAAUCUAUUUCCUUUUCCGGUAUUGUUAGUGGCUGUGAAGAUUGUGGCUGGACCCCAUCUAGAAUGUUUCUUCACACUAACCCAUUUGUUGAAGAGGAAGAAAAGGCUAAUCCAUUGGAGGAGCAAAUCUUUAUCAUCAAAGGGUACUUAAAACAAGCUGUGGAGGAUAGUCGAUUGGAAGAAGUUGAAAUAUUGGAACGAAACUUGUGUGAUCUUGAGCAUGAAAUUGAAAAGCUGAACAAAAACACUUCAGUGCAAUAA